AUGGAUUCCUCCCAGCAAGGGGACCUCCAGCAAGGGAAUGCUCCGGGUGCCAUCGAGGAUGCUCCGCCUGAGAGCACCGCCAAACACCGGUGGAGGCGCAACCGCAUAGCUUGCGAUUCCUGUCACUCUCGUCGGGUGCGAUGUGAUCGGGCGUUCCCCUGCUCGCGAUGUCUGCGCAGCGAUACCCAUUGCGAAUUUACGAGAGAGCGUCGCAAACGGGGACGGAUCGCACGAUCCAAAGUGACAGAGUCCAGUCAGGCGAAACACCCCGAGGGACCAGACAGUUUCUCCUGCCAGAGCCCGGACGCCCGCUUCUCAGCCCCGGCUGCGGGGAAGAAGGUCGAGGUGCUACCGCCACCACCACCACCACCACCAGCACCAGCACCAGCACCACUACCUCCAGUGCACAAUGACUCUCCGCCGUCGACUUUCCACCCCGGGUCGCCUGCGACGAAUGGUUUGACCGGGUCCAGUGCGAGCCUCGAUGGCCGGCGCUCGCAGGCGGCGGAUCCCGCUCGGAAACCCGGGCCUGGUGGCAGCUUGACGGAGGAAUGGCUCGCCGGGACGCAGGUGUCGCCCGGUUCAUACGAAGUUGUGGAGGGGCCUUUCCCCCGGGUGUUUGAUGUUUGGAAUGGGGUGGAGCUGGCGGCCUACAGUGCGUCUGCGUCGCAGGCAUCCAGAGCAACGGGCACUGGCCCAGCGUCGGGAGCGUUCCCGGCACCUCCUCCUCAUCCUCCUCCUCCUCCUCUGGCCUUGAAGUAUCCGGUGCUGCAGCCCUUGAUGCCGUUCGUGGAGGCGAGCUUGCCCCGGAAGCUGGUUUUCGACCUGCUGGAUUUGUAUUUCACCAGCGCUUUCUCCACCCAUAUGCACCCGGUCUGCCACCAUAUCCAUGGCUAUGUUUUGCGCAAAGCUUCCUUUCUCAGCAAGGACGUUCCGCGACCGAGCAGCCCGGCGCUCCUGGCGAGUAUGCUCUGGGUUGCGGCGCUGGAUGACCGGGCGUUUUCCCUGCCGAUUUCGCCGCCGCAGCGGAAGAGGAUCUGUCAGUUUCUUUGCGCCCUCACGAUUCGCUUGCUGCGCCCGUUAAUCCACGUCUCGUUCAAGGAUCAGGGCGACGCAUCGACGGCAGCCCACGACCCGGGGUUCUCGGGACUUGGCCAGGAUGGUCCUCCGACGACUGUACAUCAUCCGUUCGAGGGAGGCGGCGAUGACCGCGGCCUUGUCGGUCCGGCAGGAUCGCUGGACGACGUGAUCACCUACAUUCAUGUGGCUUCGAUCAUCUCCUCCAGUGAGCAGAAGGCCGCUAGCAUGCGAUGGUGGCAUGCGGCUUUCACUCUCGCAAGGGAACUCAAGCUCAACCAAGAGAUCGAGGUGAUGCCCAACGCUGACAGCCAGACGGAGGGAUCCAGUCCGUCCUUUGAGUACUCCCUGCCCGGGUGGAAUGGCGCCGACGCGGGCCCUGUUUUCGAUUAUUCAAACCCGACGCGAUUGAGUCUCGAUUGUGUGUGUGAACGUCCGCGCGAUGUACCCAACACCAUUACCGAAGAACAUCGAGAGGAACGCCGUCGGACGUGGUGGCUGCUGUAUAUUAUGGACCGCCAUUUGGCACUGUGCUACAACCGACCACUAGCCCUGCUCGAUGCGGAAAGCGAGGAUCUCUUGCUGCCACUCGACGAGGGCUCAUGGCAAUCGGGCAACAUCCACAGCAACAGCCCGAAGCCGGAUGGGCCGCAGUGCUUGAUUUCCGGCGACAGGAAUCAACGCCGCGUGUUCCCGAAUUUCAUCUGUCACGACCACUCGAUCUUUGGCUUCUUCCUCCCUCUUAUGACCAUCACCGGCGAACUGAUCGACCUGAAUCAGGCACGGAAUCAUCCGAUCCUUGGCAUACGACUUCAUGGGAAAGAUGCAUGGAACGUGCAUGUCAGUGAAGUUUUGCGCCAGCUCGAGAUCUACAAGGCCAGCCUCACAACGUUUGCUACGACUACGUCGACGACGACGACGACUACUGCUGCUACUGCUACUGCUACUGCUACUACGACGACGACGACGACGACGACUGCAUCUGAUCCAGAUGCGCUACUACACGCAAAAUCCGACCCGCGACCAGUCGAACCUGCUCUCUCCCCAGCUUCGUCCUGGCACACACAAACGGUCAUCUCAUACGCGUCGUACCUGGUGCAUGUGCUGCACAUUCUCCUCGUGGGCAAGUGGGACCCGGUCUCCCUGAUCGAAGACAAAGACUUUUGGACCUCGUCGCCGGCGUUCGCGUCGACCAUCUCGCAUGCGCUGGACGCCGCCGACUCCGUGGCCCAGAUCCUCCGAUUCGACCCCGACAUCAGCUUCAUGCCUUAUUUCUUCGGCAUCCAGCUGCUGCAGGGGAGCUUUCUGCUCCUCCUGAUCGUGGAGCGUCUGCAGAAGGAAGCCGGCGAGGGCAUUCUCACCGCAUGCGAGGUGAUGAUCCGGGCCACGGAGUCGUGCGUGGUGACGUUGAAUACCGAGUACCAGCGAAACUUCCGACAGGUCAUGCGCAGUGCUGUGGCCCAAGCACGGGGGCGUCCCCUGAACCACAGCGAGAUCCGGCACCGGCGCAAGGCCGUCCUAGCCCUCUACCGGUGGACCAGGAAAGGGACUGGGUUGGCUCUCUGA